UGUGUGUGUGUGUCAGAGAGUGAUGGUGUGUUCCACUGUUUCACUCUGCUUGUGCACAGAGGACCAGGCUACUAAGAAGAGCGCACAGAUUCCUGGACUUUCCACUCAUUGUGGAAGUAUUUCUUUUAGUUUGACUUAACCGCCAUCUUUCCAUUAAACCAGACCUCGGAUACAGCUGUUUCUAUGACAGCAGGGAAGGCUCUGUAAUGAUGAGGGAAAGUCAAGGCAGAAAAUAGCAGGAGGGAAUCUGACGCAGUGCUCUCUUCUCACAGGGGAUUGAUUCUGCUCCUUAUUUGCUGGAGAAGCUAAUCAAAAGGAUUUGGCUAUGCCUGCAGAGGUAAAAGAGGAGCAGGUCCCUGAUGGGCCCUCUUCUCUGGGGGCCCUGAACCUGGAGCCAAAGGAGCCACCGUUGGAGCCUCCAUCGCCCGCAGAAGAGGACCUGGACACUCCCACCUCUAACAUCUCUGUGGUCACCUCUACCAAUGGGAGCUCCACUACAGAGACCGAGACACACCAACUGACUGAGACUGAGGACCCCAAGGCCCUGCAACUGAGGAUCGACCAGACAGACAACCGGGACACCACCGGCCCGCAGCUGCCCCAAACCUCACAGCCUCCUCUGGUUACCAUAGGUCAGGACAAUUCCCCACCCCAGUCUGGCCCCCUGACAAAUGGCCAGCCAUGCUCUGAGUCCCUUACCAAUCCUAUCACAGCCCCAGCUACAGCCACCCCGCUCCCCCCUCCAUUCAGCACCGGUGGUGAGGCCAACACAGAGAUCCCUGAGGGCCAGAAUGUCAUCAGCACCCUCCCUGAUGGUCAUCUUCGUGGCCUUGGAGGUGACACUUGUGCUGGGUAUGGCAGUCUAUCCCGAGGAGGCAUCCACCAUGGCUCUCUUCACACCUACUGGCCCACCAGGAACUACCAACCUCAGCCUGGGGGCCACUACACACUGCCCCUACCCAGGGACAACUACGGCCAGGUGGGCUUGACCAACCAGACCAAGGGGGAUGGGCCGGCGGACGCCCAGGAGGUGAAGGUUGACUACCCCACCUGCAGCUACGCCACGCUGGGAGGAAUCCACCAGCUCAGACCCAUCACUACCAUGGAGCUGCUGAGGGAACCUUCUAGAACUAGGCCCAUCUCUUUCCCUUGUCUCGGCCCCCCCUCCCCACUUAACCCCUCCUUCCCUCUCUAUUUAUCCAGGGGUGGUUACGAGGAGGCUCUCAUGUCCCAGGUGGAUGGGGACCCGGCCUCCUUCUUCCAGGCCAUGUCCAGGGCCCAGACGCUACAGUUCCCCCACAAGCGCAGCAGCAUGGUCAGCCUAGACAGCAUCCGUAAGGACCCGCGCUGGAGGGAUCCCAACCUAAGAGAGGUCAUCACCAUGCUCAGUCACCCCAUGGAUCCCGUCAAGUCCAACGCUGCCGCCUAUCUGCAGCACCUGUGCUACGAGAACGACCGCAUAAAGCAGGAUGUCAGACAACUGAAGGGCGUACCUGUGCUCGUAGGGCUCCUGGACCACCCUAAAGCCGAGGUCCACCGCAAGGCCUGUGGAGCACUGAGGAACAUCUCUUACGGGAAAGACCACCAAAACAAGGUGGCCAUCAAGAACUGUGAUGGCAUCCCCGCACUGGUUAGACUGUUGAGGAAGUCCAGUAACAUGGAGGUCAGAGAGCUGGUCACAGGGACGCUGUGGAACCUCUCCUCCCAUGAGCCUCUGAAGAUGAUGGUUAUCAACCACGGGCUCCAGACCCUCACCGACGAGGUCAUCAUCCCUAAUUCUGGCUGGAGGAGAGACCCCACUGAACACUCCAGACCCCAGGAGACGGAGUGGACCACUGUGUUCAAGAACACUUCUGGAUGUCUGAGGAAUGUGAGCUCAGAUGGGGCAGAGGCUCGCCAGAGGCUGAGGGAGUGUGCGGGGCUGGUGGAUGCUCUCCUCCAUGCCCUUCAGUCAGCUGUGGCCAACAAGGAGACGGACAAUAAGUCGGUAGAGAACUGUGUCUGCAUCCUCAGAAACCUGUCCUAUCAUGUCCACAAAGAGGUCCCAGGGGCGGAGCGAUUUCAGGAACCCAUGGCCAAUCAAGUUCCACGAUCAACAUCAGGAGGGAACCAGAAGAAGAAGAACGAGGCAGACUGUUUUGGAGUGAAGAAGCCCAAGGAGGAAUGGUUUAAUCAAAGCUGGAGAAAUGGACCAAGUGACAAAAAAUAUAGUACACUGGAUUUACCCAAACGCACAGAGCCCAUGAAAGGUCUGGAGCUGUUGUACCAGCCGGAGGUGGUGAGGCUUUACCUGUCUCUUCUCACUCGCAGUCAGAACCACAACACCCUGGAGGCAGCUGCUGGAGCUCUUCAGAACCUCGCUGCGGGACACUGGGCUUGGUCCAGUUACAUUCGGGCCACAGUGAGGAAGGAGAAAGGUCUGCCUGUCCUGGUGGAGCUGCUCCGUUCAGACGGUGAUAAAGUGGUCCGGGCUGUAGCUAUUGCCCUCCGCAACCUGGCCAUAGAUCGGCGAAACAAAGACCUCAUUGGGAGCUAUGCCAUGAGGGACCUGGUCAGUAAUCUGCCCUCUGGUCAACAGCGGCCGGCCAAGAACUUGGAAGGGGACACCGUGGUGGCCAUACUGAACACGAUCCAUGAGAUCAUCUCAGACAGCCCGGAGAACACCCGGGGCCUCAUACAAAGUCACGCCAUCCAGAAACUGGUAGCCAUCAACAAGACCAGCCAAUCUGUGCGGGAGACCAAAGCAGCAUCUCAUGUCCUGCAGACAGUGUGGGCCUAUAAAGACUUGAGAAAUAGUCUCUACAAGGGAGGCUGGAAUAAGACUCACUUUAAGCCAUCAACCACUGGAAUGGCCAAAAAACCUACAAGCAAAAAGUCAGGAUUCGAUGACAUCACACUGCCCCUUAUGGAGAAAAAUCAAGUCUUUCCCACAGAUGGAUACUCUAAUGUAGAGCAGACUGAGAGAGUGGGUGAAGGUCCAGGCCACGUGGUGGAGAGAGAGCCACUCCAGAGUAUCCCAGAGAGGAAGCACUUUAUCCGGGCUGGAAGGCCUGCAGUGGGUCUGGUAGACCGCAAACCUCCACCCCUUGACUCGUGGGUCUGAAGCAGGCAGGAAGUGUAGUCCAGGUGACAGUAAAAGUGAAACAUCAACAUUUGUGGAGGUCAUUGUGACGUUGAUUCUUUAGAUGCACAUUCUAUAGAUCAAUUCACCAUUUAGAAGAACAUGAUUAAUCUCCACCCAUUAAUUCAGAAUGGAAUGAGUAUGGUCAUGCAUUUACAUUUUCAAAGUGUUAUUGAAACUCUAAACUCUAGUUUAACAGAACAGCUCUACUAUCCUUUUUAAAACUGUUCUGGACAGUGGGAUGAGUGGAGUGACACAGUUGAAUGUAGUGCAGGACGAAAAACACAUCAGGCCUAACACUUUCUAUGAAAUUUGGAUUUGUCAAAACAUUUUUAUUUAAUGGACCUACCCUCUUCCUCCUGUAUUGAGAUACUGUUUCACUCCUGCAAGUUGUGCAUCAGUAAGUUUCAUGU